UCCAAGAUGGCCGCGUGCAUUUGAACCAUUUUAAUUCUAGCAGUAUAUGUGAAGCGCGCCAGGUUUCUGCAAAUCUAGUUGUCAGUACAUUUCAUCAGAGAGAAGCUUUGCUCCAGGCUCCUCUACAGCGCCGAGAGCACUGACGAACCAUUACUUUAUAACCAGAAAUAAUGUGGAUAUUUGGGACCCAUGUCGAACAUCUAUGAAGAGAGGCAAACAAUGAUUGCAGCAGGGGAUUUGCAGGAGUUUGUUCCUUUUGGGCGUGACCACAGCAAGCACCAUCCCAAUGCAUUGAACCUUCAACUACGGCAGCUGCAGCCUGCCUCUGAGCUGUGGUCCUCUGAUGGGGCAGCGGGCUUGGUGGGAUCACUUCGGGAGGUAUCGAUCCAUGAAAAGCAGAAGGAGAGUUGGCAGCUGAGGAAAGGUGUAGGGGAUCCUGGCGAGGAUGUGGAGUACGAUGAAGAGCUGUACGUGGCUGGGAACAUUGUUAUUUGGAGUAAAGGAAGUAAGGCUCACGCGGCUGCAGUUUACAAGGCCUUUACUGUUGAUAGCCCAGUUUUACAGGCAUUGUGGUGUGAUUUUACUAUAUCUAGUAAAACGGAAAAUGAGAAUGGUCAGGAUACAGUAGAGAGGUGUAUCUGUAUACUGCAAAGUUCCUGUAUCAAUGUCCAUAACACAGAAGGGAAGGAUUACAUUGCACCGCUACCAUUUCAGGUUGCUAAUGUUUGGCCAACAAAAUAUGGAUUACUGUUUGAGCGCAACAGUUACUCACAUGAAGUUCCCCAGAGUCCACCUAGAGAACCUUUGCCAACAAUGUUCAGCAUGUUGCAUCCAUUAGAUGAAAUAACUCCUUUAGUUUGCAGAUCUGGCGGUGUAUUUGGCAACGCACGCAUCCAGUAUGUUUCUGAUAAUACCCUCAGAAUAGUUUUCACCAAUACAGAUCCUUCAAUAGUAAUGACCUAUGAUACAUUGCAGUGCUUGCACACUGUGUGGGCUCUCCGCAAGGUUAAGCCAGAGGAACAGAAUGUGGUGCUAAAGUAUGCAGAUCAGCUUGGCACCCCACAACACGGGGUAACUGCUGGGUCACUGGCCGCACACCUUCGCAGUGUCUCCAAAGGGGAAUCCCCAAUGGCCUCUCCUUUCCAAAACUAUUCCUCACUCCACAGCCAGAGUCGCUCGGUGUCUUCCCCCAGCAUUCAUUCACGCUCCCACUCUCCUUCCAUCUCCAACAUGGCUGCUCUGAG